AUGAGUCAAGAAACUUCUUCCAGCAGCUCGGGGACAAUGGUCGCAUCAGCUAUCGUUACUGCUCUUGCGACCAUAUGUGUCGCCUUGCGCUUCUACACUCGAAUUCGUACAAAGGCCGGUAUUGCCUGGGACGACUGGUGGAUUCUAAUCGGCCUACUCACCAGCUUGCUGAUAGGAGGCCUUCUUCUGUGGGGCAGCAGUACAGAUCCAGAUGCCCAGAGCGAAGUUAGUGAGGCAAUAUUCACCAAUACAACAGACACAUUCGACACAGCUCCUCAUACAACCUACCUCAAGCUCUCCUUCAUAUCCUCUAUUCUAUAUUUCGCCAUUGUCACAUCUAUCAAAGUAUCAAUCUUACUUAUGUACCGCCGUAUUUUCUCUAUUGAUUACUCCUUCCACCUGCAAUCUCUGCUUCUUCUGGCUGUCAUCUUUGCCUUCUGGCUAGCCGUUACCACCGCAACCCUCCUCAACUGUCGGCCACUCAAAUAUAGCUGGAUCGGCAUGUCAUGGGAGGAGUACUGUUUCAAUUACAACAUUUUCUGGAUGGUAACUGGCGCUGUCGAGGUCAUCAUCGACACAGCUAUCCUUGCGCUUCCUGUGCGCAUGGUGUUACGCCUCCAGCUUUCACAGAAACGAAAGAUUUCCAUUAUGCUUAUAUUUCUCCUUGGAGGAUUCGUCAUAAUUACAGGCAUCAUCCGCGUUAUCUAUUCAUAUGUCCCCGGUAGCCGUGUUCCAGAAUACAUUAAAGCGGAACUUUGGUCAACUAUACACAUAGGCAUGGCAAUAUUCUGCGCCUGUUUGCCUACUAUUCGGCCUCUUUUUACCGGCAUGACCUCUCGCCUUGCCAAGGCAUCCUCCAGCCUGAGACAGCGCUACUGCAGUGCGUCGGGACGGUAUUCCAAAGACACAGCAGCAUCGUCUAACAGCCCCGUACCUAGAUCCGAGGACGCGAUUGAGAUAUUGUCCCUAAGCCAACAGGAAUGCCAUUGCGGUGCUUACGACCUAGGCGGCGCAAGUGCCGACACAUUCUCUUCCCCGGGGCACUACCGGGAGUGCUAUUGUGCUGCAAGUUUAAAGGAUCCACGAGCCAAGACGGGGUCCCUGGAGGCCGGCUGA